AGGUCCUGUGGGGACUGGAAGGCUCACAAAGCACCACACCGGCCGAAGCAGGGAUGCAGAUAUAUCAGAGGUUUGGAAGCAGCUGAGCCAGAGGAUUUUUACCCUAGGAGCACUCGGCUCUGUCCCACGGGCUGCCUCGGUUAUUAGCGAUCAGGGUGAGCGGGGUGGUCGCAGCCUGCAUCUGUGUGUGUGUGUGUGUGUGUCUCUCCUCUCUUCAGCGCACAGGCGCUCUGCACUCCAGUCUGCUGACACACCGGGAGGACAGUCCGCACUACACCUCCGUGUCAUUGGACUCUAUGUGGAUACAAAGCCCGGUCAACACAGAUCCAUGGGGAUUGUUUAGAGUGAACUGCUGACUGCGACCUUUUACAUGAAAUCAGAGCAGCACUGAAGGAUCUCAGACAGCCAGAGAACAAGUGCUGGCCUUCGCUUGACUGUGUGACCAGCGAAUGAGCCUUGUUCAUGCGUCUCCCUGAGUGCCACUCCCACAUCACCAUGAACUGUGAGCAGGACUUUGGCGACGGGGGCCUGGGAGUGACCCUCACACUACGACUGCUCAUGCAUGGAAAGGAGGUUGGCAGCAUCAUAGGAAAGAAAGGAGAGACUGUCAAACGAAUACGGGAAGAGAGCAGCGCACGGGUCAACAUUUCAGAAGGCUCCUGUCCAGAAAGGAUCAUCACCAUUACUGGCUCCACAGACAGCGUCUUCAGAGCUUUUACCAUGAUCACAUACAAACUGGAGGAGGACUUAACUGCACUGGUGGCCAAUGGUACCAUCAGCUCCAAGCCACCGGUUACCCUCCGGCUGGUCAUCCCUGCCAGCCAGUGUGGCUCCCUCAUCGGGAAGGGAGGGGCCAAGAUAAAGGAGAUCAGGGAGAGCACUGGAGCUCAGAUACAGGUGGCAGGGGAUUUGCUACCCAACUCAACUGAGCGAGGGGUGACGAUAUCUGGGAAUCAGGACUCGGUAAUCCAGUGUGUCAAGCUCAUCUGCACAGUAAUCCUGGAGUCUCCCCCAAAGGGUGCAACCAUUCCCUAUCGACCAAGCCCCUCACCAGCUGCUCUCCUCAUUGCAGGAAACCAGGUGUUUGAAGCAUCAGAAUUUGCACCCCACCCUCUCUACUCAGUCGCCCAGGGUGGCCUGGACCUCCAGCAGGCCUACACUUUGCAGAACCAAUAUGGCAUUCCACACUCAGAGCUGGCCAAGCUACAUCAGCUGUCAGUGCAGCAAGGCUUGAGUCCUAUUGCCCAGCCUGCUUCAGCUGUCAUACCUGGGAUGGACUCAAACUCUCAGACGUCUCAGGAGCUGCUUAUUCCCAAUGAUCUGAUUGGCUCGAUCAUUGGCCGUCAGGGCACUAAGAUCAACGAGAUCAGGCAGGUGUCAGGAGCUCAGAUUAAAAUCGGGAGCCAGCUGGACGGGACAAGUGAUCGCCAUGUCACUAUCACAGGAACACCAGUGAGCAUCAACCUGGCCCAGUACCUCAUUACCUCCUGUUUAGAGACAGCCAAAUCUACAGCCCAAGCAGCCAGCAUGGCAAGUCCAGUUGACCUCAACAUGGCCUUCACCCAGCCAGCCUCCCCAGCUGCUUCUCCUGCACCCACCCUGGCUGCUGUGAGCACCCUGACCCCAGCUCAUGUUCUGGGAACUCCAUACGGUGCCAUGCCCCUCUCUGGGCUGCUGGGGGUGAAGUCUGUCCCCUUUCUGACUUUGUCCAGCCCAGCCCCCACCGUAGCUGUCACUGCAGCACCCUCCCAUACCACUCUGGCUGCCUACACGGCCAAAAUUUCCUCAGCCAACUGCAUCAAAAAGCCAGAGAGACAGAAGUUCGCUCCCUACUGAUGAAGCCUCUGAGCUCCAUGUGCAGAGAGUCAGAUGAAGGACAGCUGCAGUGUUCUUUCACAAACGCCUGAUGUAGCCAUAUCCGCUGGCAGACAUGCUCUUGCCUUUUAUUCUAUGAUACACCAACAGAGACGAGACCGAUGGAGAUGUGGAUAAAGCUAUUAAAAUUUAUUUACAACUAUAGAUAAUUUGUGAGUUACCCAUGAAUUGAUGGACAGCCGUCAUUGUCACCUCAUCACUGUUAUUGAUCACAAAAAAAAAAAAAAAAAAAAAAGGGCUGGAGCCUCACCUGAGAGACACAUGUUUACCAGUUUUUACAUGUGUGUCUCAAGUUAGAAAACAGCUAAGUAUUUAUCCUCAAUAAAUUUGUAAAUUAUACUCAGAUGACAGAUGUUCUACUGUAUGAUGCUUUUAUACAAUGUCUAUGUUUGCCUCUUGAAGUUUUUAAGAAAAUUUGUAAUUGUCUGGGGGUUUUCUUUUUUUCCCUUUUUUUUUUUUUUAAAUAAUCUGUGCUAUAUUACUGUACUUUACGUUGUUCAGUGUUAUGUCUCUUGUGUUGGAAUUUAUUUUGAUCGUGCAACUUGGUUCAUCUUUAUUUAUUA